AUCCUCGCGUGUGCGUGCGUGCAGGCGAGUGCGCGCCGACAGUUCCAGUCAUUCUGCAGCUUCAAGAUGGCGAAGACAGGAGUGGGCAGCUUUCUCGUCCUCCUCUCAGCAUACUGCUUCAGGUGUCACGCGGUGGAGUUGGACUCAAACAACCGGAACCCCAUGGUCAACGAGUUUCAGAGUGUCGAGUUAUCCUGCAUUAUUAAGGCCACUUCCACACCCAGCCCCAGGAUAGAGUGGAAGAAGACCAGCAAAGAGAUCGUGACCUUUGUCUAUUUCCAGAACAAGGUUUCAGGGCCUCUGGAAAACCGAGCAGUUUUGAGAGAUCGGGCAUCACUGUUCAUCCAGAACACGACACGAUCAGAUUCGGGCUUGUACCGUUGUGAAGUCUCUGCUCCCUUGGACUCGAAGAUGCUGGGAGAGGUGUUUAUCGAGCUCACUGUCCAAGUCAAGCCAGUUGCUCCCAGGUGCCAUGUACCAAAAUCUGUGCCAGUGGGAAAGUCUGCAGAGCUUCUGUGUGCUGAAAAUGAAGGCUUUCCACCUCCCAAGUACCGUUGGUACCGGAAUGGUGACCAGAUCCCGGAGGACGCCAGAAGCAGCCACAAGUUUAUCAAUUCUUCAUAUGCAAUGGAUCUCAACGCAGGAACUCUGAAAUUCCACUCCGUAAAGAAGGUGGAUGCUGGAGAGUAUUUCUGUGUGGCACAAAACCCAGCCGGCACAGCUAGGUGUGGCUCACAAAAGAUGGAAGUUUAUGACAUUGAUAUUGUUGGGAUCAUCAUCGGAGUCCUGGUGGUUGUGAUCGUCCUGGUGUCCAUAACAGUUGGCAUCUGUUGUGCAUAUAAAAGGGGCUACUUUGUGAGCAAGAAGCAGGCAAGCAGCAAUUACAAGCCCCCCACAAAAGGAGACGGUGUGGAUUUUGUCCGUGGUGAUGAGGAGGGAGAUUUCAGACACAAGUCAUCAUUUGUUAUUUGACCGGUCUGGAAAUGAAUCAGGAGUGAGAGGAGAGAACUUCUAAAGAGGCCAAAAUUACUCCUCGCUGAACUUUGUUGGCUACACUGCGUUGCAAGUGAGCCGCUGUAAGAGGCGAUUUCUUGAAGACCUGAGUUUGCCAAAGGUGAAAAGUUCUUGUGAUAAGCAGCCAUCCUGUGCCAAGAUCACCAGACAAUCCACAACUCCCCACCACCCCCACCCCCGUCUUCUCUAACCUCACCACCCACCCCAGUAUCUCUGAAGGCCAUUUGUAAAAUAGUUCACAAAAUUCUGUGAAAUAAUUUGAGGUCCCGAUUAUUGACUUCAGUCCCCAGGGGAACAUUUUGGGCCAGAAGGGGCUAACUUGUGUAUUAUGAAUUUCAUAUAGCGAACUCCUUUGUGAGCACCACAAUGGAAAUAAUUUAUAGGACGUUUUGUCGUACAAUUUAAAGUAGAAUCGAGCAGUGUAAUGAAUUGAAGACAAAAGGAAUACAUGAAGUGAAACUGUCAAGAUAUGAAUAGUAAAAAGAAAAGAUGGAUUUAAACCAAAAACUCUUUCUACCACUACCAACCAAGUAUCAAAUGAAUUAUUUUGAAGUAGCUUUUACUAUGCCUAGCAACAAAGUUUUACUUUUCUAAUAUGUGUACAGCAUACUAACACACUAGAGGCCAUUUUUGUAAAAUGUCAAAUGCAGGGUAGUUUGGCCACCAAAGUUGCACUUGUUGAACUCAGACUGCUGUUCUUUGUGCAUGAGGCGCCACUGCUGUCCACGCCAGCCUUCAGCAAGCAUAUCAGACAUCUCACCACUUGUUUAAUGACUGUCGGGGCACAUGAAGGAGGCCACGUGGAGAUGAGUCAGUGCUUACAUUUUUUUAUAUAUAAAUAUUCAAUAUCCGCAUUCUGUUUUCAGAAUAUGAAAACGUUUGUCUACUUUUAAGAACAAACAUACCCCUUGCCUAUUCUUAGGACUGCUACUUUUCUUCCUCAUGCAAUUGUCGUAAAAUUAGUAUUAAUAUUGAAGAUACAGGUUUUGGAACGCGGGUGACUGAGAUCAAGUCACCUUCUCCUCUUACAAAGCGACUGCUUGCAUCAGUUCAGUUUCAGAGUUACCUGCCAUUCAAGUGGCCCUAAAAGAACAACCUUGGUGCCUUUUUUCUCUCUGCCCGACUUUAAAGGCUAAGACAAGCUUUUAACAAAGGGCGGUCCGGUUAUUAGUGGAGGUGCCAGGGUGCAAUGCUGACUUGCACGGCCUUGUCCAUUUGCUAUAACUCGCCACCUAAGCUCAGCAGGCCUGUAAAAGCAGUGUAGCACUGACCAAAUCCACAGGAGGAGUUCAUACUGUGACAUACACUGUACUUAAUGAUCACCCAUCUUUUGAGGUGAUACUACAUUAUUUUAAAUUAAAAGAACAAAUUAUGUGUUAACGUUAGAUCUAGGAAUGCAUCUUGGUAUUUUGUUUUCCACCCUGAUACAUAUCUACCACAAUUUACUUUGUAUAAAGCCUGCCGUUUUCAGGUAGAUUUUUAUUUUUUAGCCUAGAUUGUAAAAAGUUUUCAACUUUUUGAUAGAAUAAGUAUUUACUUUUAUAAGACAUUAGUGCCUAAAUAAAAAUAUAUACAGAAAAAAAAAAAAAA